AGUCUCUCGCAACGUGUCUUACAAAUCGCCCUCUAACUUCUUCGCGUUCGGAUAACGUCAUUUUAUUCACGCUCCUUGCCAAACAAAAUUAUCGAAUUUCCUUCAAAAGUGCGUGGCUAUUGUGUUCGUGUUCGGUUAAGUAAGCCAUCUCAAUUAUUGCCUUGUAACUGAUUGACGAAUGGAAUAGAGAAGAGCGGUUCGGGAAUGAUCACGGGAUUACUGGUCUAUUUUGUGUGUGUGGCCGCAUCAAAAAGCAUACAAAUAGAUCAGCAGGUUGCUGUCAGUGUCUCAGGAGAUAUAAUCCUCGGAGGAUUAUUUCCAGUUCAUACCAAAGGAGACAAAACACCAUGUGGUCCUCAAAUUUAUCAUCGAGGUGUCCAACGUCUCGAAGCCAUGAUGUUUGCUAUCGAUAGCAUUAACAGAGAUCCUAAUAUUUUGCCAAAUGUUACGCUGGGCGUACAUAUAUUAGACACGUGCUCACGUGAUACAUAUGCUCUUAAUCAAAGUCUGCAGUUUGUCAAAGCCUCACUAAAUAGCAUCGAUACAUCGUCUUUUGAAUGUGCGGAUCAUUCGGUACCUGUUCCUCGGAACAACUACUCUGGUCCAGUAUUCGGAGUUGUAGGAGGCUCUUACAGUUCUGUAUCGUUACAAGUUGCUAAUCUUCUGGGACUAUUUCACAUUCCCCAAAUCUCGCCGGCCUCUACAGCAAAGGCAUUAAGCGACAAAACAAGAUUUAAAUAUUUCGCCAGGACUGUUCCUCCAGACACCUUCCAGUCGAGUGCUUUAGUCGACAUUGUCAAAAGUGUCAAUUGGUCCUACGUAUCUACGAUUUAUUCAGAAGGAUCCUACGGGGAAUAUGGCAUUGAAGUGUUCCAUAGAGAGGCGCAGGAGCGGAAUGUUUGUAUCGCCACCGCUGAAAAAGUACCCAGUGCUGCCGAUGAUAAGGAAUUUGACAAUAUUAUACAUAAACUUAAAAAGAAAAUAAAUGCGAAAGGAGUGGUACUUUUUACCAGAGCGGAGGAUGCAAGGCGAAUUCUUCAAGCUGCCAAAAGAGGUAAUGCCAGUCAAACUUUUUAUUGGGUAGCUAGUGAUGGCUGGGGUAAACAACAAAAACUUGUCGAAGGAGUGGAAGAUGUUGCCGAGGGAGCUAUUACAGUGGAGCUACAAUCUAAUUCUAUACCUGGAUUCGACAAAUAUAUGAUGUCCUUGACUCCAGAAAAAAAUAGUAGGAAUCCGUGGUUUGAGCAAUAUUGGGAGGAUACAUUUGGAUGUGUGCUUGAGAAAAACAUUCCACUUGAAACAAACCAUACAUUCAAUGUGUGCAGUGCAGAUUUAAGACUGUCACAAAGUGUUGGAUAUGAACAAGAAAGUAAAGUACAGUUUGUAGUAGACGCAGUAUAUGCAUUUGCGUUGGCACUUCACAAUCUUUACGAAGAUUUGUGCAAAGACUACAAUCAAACAGGAGUAUGUCCGGCAAUGACACAAUACGAUGGCGGAGACUUCUACAAGAAAUAUUUACUCAACGUUUCUUUUACUGAUUUAGCCGGUAGUCCUGUCAAAUUUGAUACUUGCGGAGAUGGUUUGGCUAGAUAUGAUAUUCUCAACUACCAAAGACUACUCAAUGCCUCAGGAUAUCAUUAUCGUAAAGUUGGGAAAUGGUUUAAUUAUCUCCAACUUGAUCCAAAUCACUUGGUUUUCGAGAAUAAUGCCACUACUGUUCCAACAUCAGCAUGUUCCCUUCCUUGUGAACCCGGCAUGAUUAAAAAACAGCAGGUUAUUCUAAAGUGCAAGAUCCAGGAUAUGUCGUUCUUAUUCAGUCAGCUGUAUAAUAUGGUUUUGAUCACAACCUGUACAGUAUACGCAGUAAAAACUCGAAAAAUACCAGAAAAUUUCAACGAGUCUAAGUUUAUUGGGUUCACCAUGUACACUACUUGCAUCAUAUGGCUGGCAUUUAUUCCAAUUUACUUUGGAACAGGAAACGCUUAUGAGACUCAACUGACCACUCUAUGCGUGGCGACCAGUAUGAAUGCUACAGUCGCUUUAGUCUGUCUCUAUUCUCCGAAAGUUUACAUCAUCGUUCUCCAUCCUGACAAAAAUGUACGAAAACUAACGAUGAAUAGCGCAGCAUACAAAAAAUAUAAUUCCAGUUCGGCACCUACGUCAACGUAUGCACCAGCACCUUCGUCGACACAGAAAGUGAGCUCUGAUGGUACUGAAACGAUACUAAUGCAACGGGUUGGUAGUAGUGGUGGUUGUGGUACUACCACCACUACUACAGCUAAUACCAAUAACGCUCCGAAUACUCCAUCAAAAAGCUCUUGUACUGGAGUAAACGCUGAACCAAUGGACAAUAUAGCACUACUAUAGGGAAAAGAAAAGUCCAACGUACUUGAAGACGAAGGACAAAAAAUCCCAACACAAGCAGAUGUACACAUAUAGAGUUGAUCUUUCGAAUGAUCUUCUUCUAACAAUUCUCUUCAAAUGGCUCUAAACCAAAGUCUGAAUAUAAGUUUGUAUGUAAAUGUCAAUAUAUGGUCAAUUAGUGUGUAAACAAUGAUCCUACGUAUAAAUCAAAACAGAAAUUGUCCAUAACUAUAUUGACAUGUAUUUAUCUUUAAUUGAAGAGGUUUUAAUGACAGUACUGAAAAUAUAUAGGAUAAAUACAAACAUCGCGACUCAGUUAACCAGAAGAGAGUACAAAUUCAUAUUUAAUUUUAUACUUGUAUAAUAUAGAGAUAUACACCUACAAAGGAUUUAUCCUACAUAUUUUUAGUGCACUCUUUAGAAACACUGAAUAGAAGUUUCUCUUCGAUAUCAUAUAUUUAGUUACCUCAAAAAACUUGUUUAUUUAGAUAUUUUAUUUAUUCACAUAUACUCUCAAAAAAUAUUCAAUUUCUUAAAAAAAUUGAAAAGGACUGAUGGGAAUAUAUGUUUAUCUGUUGUGAUAUUCCGUUAAAACUUAUUAUAGUUCACAUUUUAGUAUUAUCACUUCUUCAAAAAUCCAUUCAACAUUAGCUCAACUAUAUCUGUCACCUCUUAUAACCCAUUAACAAUUUGUGGAUGUGUACGGAAACAGUUUAUUACCUUCUGCAUAUAAUAAAUGUAAUCACUCUUAGAUUUUUUUAAAAAAUAACAUUUCAAAUAGUAUGAUGGUUUCUGAAAUGACAAUAUUUGCAGAUAUUUGAAAAUAAAUUCACUAAUACUAUGAUAGUACUGUUAAAAACAAAAGUAUGGAAAAAUCUUUUCUAAAUGAACUAUAUAUUUAAAAUCGCUAGAAUGGACAAAGUAUGUUAAUACUAUUAGUUGCACUGAGGCGUUUUAAAACCAAUAAAUAAAACUGCCAAAAAAAUUAGAUUGAAUGCCAGGCUAGAUACAAAAUGAACAAUCGCCAAAAUAUGUGAUAGAACUGAAAAGCCGUGAGCAGCAGAGCUCCAUCACGAAAGUCGAAUUUUUCGUCGAAUGAAGAAUUUAACUAAUACACAAACAAAUCUUUCAAUAGACCCGGUGGUCUCGAACCCUCUUGUUCAAUUCCAAUUGACAACAAAGAAAAAAUUGUCAUAAUGACAACAAAUUUCGAAAAUGGGAAGUAAAAAAAUCACCCUAGCAACGAUCAUACUCGUAUUAUUCAUUAAAUAGGAGGCGGUCCAGUUCAACAAUUACAACGAAAAUGAUUUCGGGCGUUUUGUGCUAGAGCUGAAGGAGAAAACUUUGAACUUGAGAAAGACAAUUCUUCAACAUCACCUCUACUUGCAUGCGAAGUUUGAACCCUCUAGUAAAACUUUUUCUGUCUGUCAGUGAAAUUAAAAAUUUUUAUUUCCAUACCAUGGAUAAUUUAAUUUAAAAAAUUCGUUUUCAAGUAAAAGUCGAAUAAUCGAAGACAUGUUCUCACCAAUGCAAUUCAAUAAUUUUAUUAGUUUUUUAGCGUACGGACAUGUUUUUCGAUCGCUGUGUUAUCAAUUGUACUCUGGCAAAAACAAGAUGAAAGUGAAAGAAUAUGAAACCAAUAAAAUGAGUUAGUAAUAAAGUAUAAAAACUGGUUAUUAUAUUCCACUUCCUAGAGUAAUAAAAAUAGAAUCCUCAAAAAUAAUCGGAAGAAAAACGUAAUACAUAAGAUGCCAAAAGUAUGGACGUAUUACAACACACAAUAUGUCUACAACAUAUUGUUGUAGACAUAACAAUAUGCCACAAAAGCGGUGGACCACACAACACUACAGCCUGCGGAAAAAACAGCAACAUUUCAGCUGAAUGUACUUGAUGCACUAACUGUGAAGGUUGUGUGUUCUACCACAAACUUUUGAAACCAAAUGAAGCAUCACUUGCAAUCCAAUCGAACCACUAUGGCAGUACCAAUUCUUCAUACUCAACAUCAAAGAUAACAACUCAUAAUCCAUGCUAAUAUAACUAAAACCAACACUGAACAAAUGACAAGAUAUAAAUAGCAUAAUGAGCAAAUUCAUAGAAGAGUUUAAAAACAUAUUUCACCAACUUCUUCUACAGAACAGCAUAGUUUUAGAUAUGCUAACCAUGCUUGUGAGUAGAAUUCAAUAGUUUUAUUAAAGCGGCACAAUGGAAUGUUAAUACACUACUACAACAUAGAAACGAAGUCGAAAUAUUUCUACUCCACAAUUAAUUAAUAUCGUAUCUGAUAAGUAAAAAACCUUUGACAGAUAGAUCCUACUUCAAGAUUCCACACUACACUACAUACUCUACUAAUCAUCCAGAUAACAAUACCCAUGCUGGUUGUACCAUACUAAUCAGAUGUUCCUUUUACUAUCUAGAACUACCAAUAUAUGAAUUCGACAAUAUACAAGCCACAAACAGAAAAGUCAAAACUUAUGAGUUAACAAUGGUAUCUUUUUACUUUCCACUCCGUCAUAAUUUGAAGAAAGAAAACUUCAAUAAUCUCUUCGAGACACACUACAAUAAAAGGAAGGGUUCUAGUAAGAAGUAUAGAAGAAAAGCAUUAUCAAUGUUAUCAACCGAAUAUACUACCUAUUGGCCGACGGACUCCAAUAAGGUUCCUGAUUUACUAAAUUUAUUUAUAACUAAUGGCAUUUCAUCUGAGUAUAUGGGGUUAUAACAAACUAUGACCUCUAAUCUAACCACUCUUCUAUAAGAGCAACAUAUCAUCAUCCAUAAAAAACCAAACCGAAACCUAUACAACAGCGAACAAAUUGGUUUGAAUAUCAAUCCAAACUAGAAGAAGACAUUAAACCGCAAAAAAGACGGCAACGGAAAUGAAGCAUUAACAACAUUAUCUAGUACCCUUAAAGAGGCAGUAGAACAUGUCACACCAGAAACAAAUAAUGGGAGGGACACGUUCAAAGUUCAAGUUGAGAUGAAGAAUCUGAUAGCAGAUAGAAGAAAAGCUAAGGCAAAGUGGCAUAGAACUCAUGCACCAUCAGAUAAAACAAUACUUAACAGAAUAAGUAACCAAAUGAGAAUAAAAAUAAAAGGAGCAAAAGAAACAUCUUUUACGGAUUACAUUACUGUCUUAUCCGAUUUGAAAACUCAAUUUGGCAACCAGUCAAGAAUCUAGGAAAAGCAAAAAUACACGUGCCACGUAUUCGGAACGAACUAGGAUAUAAUAUACAAUGAGCUAGAAACGAAGGAGAAAAAACAUCACUAUUCGCAGAACACAAAAGUGUUUACUUCCAACAACAAAAUACCUAAUCCUGAAAUAGGAAGAAAAUUAUCUGAAAUGCCUCCAAACGUGUCAGCAAUUAAACCAAUAACGGCAAACGAAGUUCAAUAGGAAAUCGAUCGCAUUAAUCCCAGAAGAGCUCGUAGCAUAGACCAUAUAACCCCAAAAUGAUUGAAAAUUAACAAGGAAAUGUGUAAUACUUAUCACUCAUAUAUUUAAUGCUAUUUUACGUUUCAUAGACUGGCGAAAACUGCUGAAAGCUACAUAAAUAGUAAUGAUACCAAAACACAACAAUACCCCAACACUGUCUCUUCAUAUCGUCCAAUAAGCUUUCUGCCAACCCUGUCAUAAGUUCUUGAACGAUUAUUACUACAAAGAAUAAACUCAGACACAAACACUGAGCAAUGGAUACCACUACACCAGUUUGGAUUCAGGAAGGAACAUUCAACUAUACAAGAAAUCCACAGGAUAAGCCACACAUUGAAUCAAGCACUAGAAUAAAAAAAAUACUGCACACCAGAGUUUUAAGACGUUAUCCAGGCUUUCGACAAAAACUGUCUUCCAAUUACAUACUUCAAACUGUUAAAAUCUUAGUGGUAGAAAGUUCAGAAUCAAAAUCAAUGAAAGCACUUCAUAGAAAAUCUCGUUGCCUGCUAAUAUGAGCGUACGAGCAUAUACCGACAAGUGAAUUCUCUUAACAGGUAGGCAGAUCACUUCAAAUCUUUUGAAGUCCCAUGAUCAUGAAGAGAACGAACUUGCUACUAUCUUCAGAAAAAGGUCACAGUUACACUAUGUAACGAUGUUGGCAAAAUGCCAAAAAUAAAAUUGUGUUCCUCAAGUCUGGCGUGAAACCAGAUGUCAGACGAGUAAAAAAAUGACUGACUGGAUGCAGAAACUAUCGAAAAACCAUCUUAAUAAAUAUUGUAGACCCUCAAUAUUUUUUAAAUUUCUUUUGGCAUAUAAUAGCAUAUCUUACACCCGUAAGGAUAGAUACACAUGAGGAUUAAGUGAAAAUAUAAUAGAAUACAUAUUUCAAAAAUAAAUUGAUAAAAAUGAACCUAUAAAAAGUGGUAUUUGGAAGUAGAUAGGUUAUUUCAGAUUAGGACUAAUGGAUAAGUAGAGCUCUAUCACUCUUAAACGAUUUUUUCAAUAAUUUGACGUACAAGAUUAUGUGCAUUAUCAGAAUAUUAAUAUUGGUUGCAAAAGUAUUCAAUUGUGGGAUUCCAAAAAUUUACAUGUUAAUAUAUAAACACUUUUUACCACGAAUGUAUGGUCAACAUUUGAUGUGAUGUUAUAUGUCAUUUUUUAAUAGGUCCUAUUCUACUUCAAGAACAUCCACGCCAAUUCCUAACACAUAUGAAAUAAGUUCUAUAUUUUUCUAUUUUGAUGUGUUUUUGAUCUCCACAUGGAAAAUAAAAUAUUCAUAGGAAUGAAAAUUUAUUGAUUUCAAUAAGCAUCGAACUCGAUAGUCCAUUUCUUUGAAUAAUCCAAUACUUUUUAAUAUUCUCCAAUUAUUUUACUUAUAGUUCAGCCAAAAAAUAUUGCUGUGAGUCACUAGUAACGCUUAAUUACAAUCCAAAUUCGCAAUCUUCAUGCCAGAAAAUGUAAAACUGCAAAGUUCAAAAGAAAUUUCGUAAAGUAAUCAUCAGUGAAAGAUUUGAGUGAAAUAUGAAAAUCUAUUUUUAAAUACCUAAGUAUCUCGUAAACUACUAAGAAUAUGUGUAAAAGGCAUAAUUUAGAGAUUGGAUAUUCUUAAAGAACCCAUUUUAGUUUUAUGAAAAAUGCAUCAAACACAAAAUGAAAAAUAUAACUAUAAUACAUCUAAACAUACAAAAGUACCAAUGAAAAUUAGCGUAAGAAAACUGAAGAAUAGUUUUCGAGUCAAUUUUUGGGUUGGAAAGCUCUUUCAAAGAUGAAAUGUAAUAUGAGGUGACUGGCAUAUAAAAUGAAAUGAAAUUUGUGAGUCAUUUUAACAAUAGUCAUAAAUAUUUCAAAAGCUACUCAAUCUUUCAUGAAUCAAUUGUUGGGCUGAUGUUAUGGAUUGAAGAAGAUGUUUAUAGUCGAAAAAAUUUAAAAACAAAUAUAAAAUAAUUAAGGUCGGUGUAAGAAUCAUUAUCCAAUUGUCUUAUAAAAAAUCACUUGUUAAAUUGAUCAUGGAUAACAGUAAUUCGACUUCAAUAACUUUAGACCUACUGAAUAUACGUCAAACUAUAGUUGUCUAUUUGUAAGGUGUUAGUUAUAUUAAAGUCUAUUUUCAAGCUACAAGAUUUCCUAUCUAUGCAAGAAGAUUAGAAUGAAAGAAAAUAUGGUCUGUUGGUAACGCAAGAAAUACACUCUUCUGGUAUCAAUAUAAUAAAACUAAUACAUAAUUUGAUGAAUAAAAAAAAUUUUGGUCCUACUGAAUACUGGCUUCUAGAGAAUUAUAUAUUUACCGAUUCCAGAGAUGCACUGUAUUAUAUAAAUAAAAAUAUCAGACGAUUCUUAGGGAGUGUAAUAAAAUUAAAAAUCGUGUGAGUGUGUAUCACAAUAAUUGAAAGGAUCCUACAAAAAUGCCCAUUGUUUGAUUGGACAAAAUAUUCCUACUACGAAAAAUUCACCAAAAAAUAACUGCUUGAUAUAAGGUUUUAAUAAAUUAUUGUCAAUUUCUGUAUUAUAAAAUACUGCUUUAGUUCAUUUCUAAAUAAGAUAAUAUUCUUUUGGAUGCUAAUAACUGAUAAAUGAUGAAAAAUGUUUAUUUCAUCAAAAACUGUUUUUUAAAGCAAGGAAAUUAUCCAAUGCAAAAUGGCAUUAAAAAGAUCCAUUAAGUAUUGUUGUAUUGUAAACAGUUGAAGCCUUGAUUUAUCUAGGACUUACACAUUUCAAAUAAAUCCUAAAAUGUAAAAAAUUGAUAUAUCAGUAUUCAUAACAUAAUGUUCUAUUUACAUUCGUAGAGCAAAACAAUGUCGUCAAAAUAUUGAUCAUGGUGCUUCUUGUACGUCGUUUAAUAUUCCUAAUUAAAAGUGAAUAACAACAAAAACGAGGUUAGAUUUACCACAAAAGAAGAAAAUUUUAUUUUUACAAAAGCUCUUCAACCGAUCUGCUAAUCUAAUUUGAAAGUUUGUUAAAUUACAAUUCAUAAUCGUUCGAUUGUUCGUUUAUUCCUGUACUUCCCUUUUAGGACAUAUUUAUUGUUGAAUGUCCGUUUGUAGUAAUAAUUCUCAGCAUAUUUGUCUUAUAUUAGUCCUUAGACCUACUCUUGAUCCAUAACUCACUCAUGGAAAUGAUAAGAGAUACGGAAUAUAUUGAACAGGAUCACAAUUUUCCAACAAGCACUGAUAGUACAUAGAGCGGAUGAUUGAAAAAAGAAUCAUAACAUUAAUCAGGACAUUAAAGAAAUAUUUUGUCCAAGAAUAUGUUCGUACAAUUGGAUAGCAUGGUGCAAAUGAGAGAAGUGUUGCUAUUUUUAGUAAGAUUACUCUCUAGUGAUAUGUUGAAGAUCAUGUAACAGUUUUUAGAAUAUUUUUGAUAGUAAUACUGUUUUUAUUAUCUGGAAUUGUAAUUUAUUAAAUCAGAAACUCAUUUAAUAAAUAUGGUUAAUAUAAUCAAAAUCACAAUAUUAGAAUUAAGAACAAAUAUAAGAUCAAUAUAAAUAAUUUGAUUUUUUUAGAGCUAUUAUCACCAAUAUUCACCUUAACCUAUAUCUUCUGUAUCAUUUUACCAAGAACAUCGUUUAUAUCAGUUAACUCAAUCAUUUUUACUAUCUUGAUAUUGUAAUCUUCCUGUAUAGUCGGUGUUCUAUCCCAAUAUAUUCCAUGUUGAUAGUGUAGGUAGAUAGAUAUUUUAGACAAUUUUGAAAUAUUUUCGAAUCUAGACAUAAAUGACAGUUUAGGUUGUGCUGAUAGGUUGAUAAAUUUUAAUUAAAUUAGGUUUAAUCAGCUUAAUAGAUUUAGGAUAUAUCCUAGGAAGCAAUGUACAAAGUGUAGCAAUUUAUUACAAAAUAAAAGGAUAGAAAAAAAUGGAAAAGAGAGUCCGAAUAAAAUGAUGCAAUCCAAUAAAUAUAUUAAUAAGCUAAUAAAUAAUAUAAAAUUGAAUACAAUGUGAAAAUAUAAGAAGAUAACUCAUGAACAAUUGGCAUUUGGUAUAAAACUUUUAAAAGAAAGGAAUAAUGCCAUUUUUAUGCCUACUUUUCUCCCAUAAAACUUUCGUGUGAAGUGUGAAUGGUUUAUUAAACGUAAAUGUAGAUAUAGGUUUGGUGUUAAUUACAUAUCAACCUAGAGUUUUAUGUUUCUAAAUCGUCUUGAUUUUAGGUAUCUUCUUAUUUAUAAUUAGUUUUUUUUUUAUUUUUGAAAGACAGAUAAAAAUUUGACGUUUCUACCUGUGGCGGUCUUCGUCAAAAUAUCUCGAAUGAGUUUUAUAGUACCCGUAUAAGAGCAAAUUGUAACAUAUUUAGUUCAUCUAUUAAUAAUGAACUACAGUACCUGUGUAGGCUUUGAAUAUAUUAGUUUUUCGCUCCUACAGGUUCAUGGUGAAAAUGAGCUCUUGCGAUUAUCUGCCAUAAAAAGGCGUUUAAGAGCUAGGUUAACUAGAAUGUAUUCCUCCGCCUCACAGACUUUACACUCUUCCAUUUCUACCAAACAUAAUCUCAUUCACUGCUUUCUGAGGCGACAGAGACUGGAAGGAAGCUAAUGAGAAGGUGUAGCUAGCCAAAGUUCUCAAAAAACUCUGAGGGGUGAUCUAGCUAGAGUGCAUUCCUUUCAGCUUCUUUCGUAACUCUUUCUCAUAGGAGCAUUAUCCUAACCCACACAAAAGCAGUGUACCAUUAAAAAGUGUUUGUGCUCCUUUCCUGUCGAUUCUAUUGGUCUCUUUAUUUUCCUCGAUUAUAUGCCCGGGAACACAGUUUAAAAAGAUUAAUACUUAAUUUAAACCAUUUAGAAAGCAACAGUGUUAUUAUUAAAUGAUAUUUAUUAUUUAAAUUAGUUAUAAAGUGGCAAUAUUACGUUUAGUAAGAAGCUCUUCAACAUUUUUUUUAUUUCAUUUAAUACAGUAAUGUAUCCAUCAUUUAAUAAUUCAAUAAAUCUCAAAAUUAUGAGAAAAAACCUGCAAAUGGGAAUUACCUGUUUUAUAUUUUAAAAAGUAGUACCAUGAAUAUAAUGAUAAAUUAAUAUUACAAUGAAUAUUGAUCAAUGGUAAUAGUGUGAAAGUAGGCUGAAAAACUCUCAAAAGUGACAUUAAAUCGUAAGUUUCCUUGAAAAUGCUGGUAAAUACUCUAAAUUUAUGUGAAAUACUCGCAAAGGAAAUUCCUUUCCUUUUAUUUUGAAUAAAUUUGUAUAUUCCGCGUCAUACGUGAAACGUAAUAUGAAAUUGUUUCUAAUAUAAAUGACCGUUUCAAUAAUAACGAAUAUGUUGCCUAAUUUGAUAUUAUGUAUAUAGUAGUUUCAAAUUGUUUAAGAUGAAAUUAACAAAAACUGCAUUUUUAGGAUGUAUCCGAUAUUUUAUAAAAUAAAAAGAACAUAUCAUUCUUAAGGAUAAUUAUAUAAAAAUUAAUGUGUUGUUGAUCAAAUAGUAAAUGUUUUUAUAUUUGAUUAUAAACAAUUAGCUUUAUUAUUGAUUUCAAAUACAACGGCGUUUACAAAAAGCUGAAAAUAUAAAAUAACCUGAUUUAAGACAACCGAAACCUUAUCUCAAACAAAUGAAUCAGGGUUGACUAUGACAAAAUAUACUCUCUCUUAGAAGACACAGUUAUUUACAAAUAUAAUAAUUAUUUUCCAAGUUCAAAUAUACAAUAAAUUAAAAAGUUUUCCACUGGUUGUUACCAUGGUACUCAUUAUUUCAAGAACCAAGUUAAGAGAAAAUGUUCUUUAUAUGAUUAAUUUUUUUCAAUUCUUUUGGUUCAUUUUGGUUCUGAUCGUUUACUACAAACCUACCAAUUCAAUAAAAAGUUGGUACAAGUAAAAUUGUAAAAUGGUAAACAGAAAUAGCCACUGCUAUUUGAAUAGAUUCUUCAAAACAUAUUGAAUUUUUUUAUGUUACCAUAAUAAUAGUGUAUUAUUCAAACGUGAGGUUUUUUAUAUCUUGUCUAUCAUUUACAGAACAUUUAUCUUGUUUUAUGUGUAUCAUUUCUUUGAUUAAUAAUUUUUGAUAGUUAGUGUCAUGAACUAAGAUUUUUGUUUUUUUAAAAUCAAAUUCAUGAAGUUCAUUUUUUUCAUGUUUAUGUAGAGCAGUCGAUGCAUUUUUGGUGUAUUUGUGACAUUUAUUCUGUUUUCUAAAUAUUGCAUAAUCAUUCCUAUAUAAUUUUUAUGACAAUUCAAACAUGGUAUAGAAUUGAAAUACAUACAUACAUAUUGAAUAGAAUAUGUAUGUAUUUAACCUAUGAAAUAACGUGGAUACAUUUUAUCGUCAACUAUUCAUAAUUCCAUUCUAUUCCAGUUGUCUUUUUGUAUGUGUUUAAAUCAGGAUUAUUAUUUAUCUGACCUUCAAAUUUUGUAGACGCUGUGUGGAUAAUAAUUAUUGAAAGAAUGUCAAAACUGAUUUCACAUGGUGUUAAUAAAAAAAUUCAAUACUUUAUUAUAUUUAUGCAGAUUGUGAUAAAGUUGUUUACGCUUGAAUUCUUUUAAAUGUGAAAGCAUUUUUAGAAAAAUCGCGUAAGUUAGUUCUAGUCAGUCUAGUUAAAUACUGGACAUACCUGUUUGAUUAAUAAAUAAUAAAUAAAGAUUAAUUAAUUGAUACAA